AGGGAAGUCACAGUAGUCAUGCCUGCGUUUAACGUUGCUCGGUUUGACUUCUGAAAAAAAUCCAGACCAGGAAAGGGACAAGGCUGAUUUCUUUAUCCAAGAUGGAAGGUGAUAACAAGUGAACACCAGAGUUGAUAAUGUGACAAAAGGAGAAAGAAAAUCAUGGCUGACAAACUUGGGCAAUCACUCCAGAAUUGGACUGAAUCUCAAGUAAGCACCUGGCUAAGAUCCAUUGGAGUUAAGGAGCAGUAUGUUGAAAAGCUCUUUGAUGAAGAAGUAGAUGGACAAAUCCUUCUUGCACUGAACGAGGACUUUUUGAAGACAAAGAUUUGCAUGAAAUCAGGGCCUGCUCAUUUGAUUAUUCAAAAGAGAGAUGAGCUUAUCAACUCCCAACCAAAGUCGCAAGUGAAGAAAAAGCUCACUAGUGGCAACAAAACUGAGUUGGAACAGAAAAAGAUUGAUCAGAAGUCAGUUCUAUGUCUUUCUACAACAAGUGAAGGUUCUCUGGCACAGAGUUCAGAGAGAGAUCAAGAUAUCUUAAAGGAGAGACCAACUAGUCAGGAACAAUGUGUGUUGACUUCAAAGGAAGACUGCAGACCACGACCAUUUGAUCAAGAAGGAAUUGAUUUCAUAUAUGUAAAGCACAGAGUUCUGCAGCCUGAAUCAGGUGCUUUUAAUCUGACAUCUCCAUGCCAUGAAUUUAAGUCUUUUUCUGUAGCUGCUACACUGGAUCGCAAAAGACUCCAAGCCAAGUUUGCCAAAGAGGUUCUUAAAUUUGCAACGGGCUGUAUGAAUAUCAGAUCAAAUGGCACAAUACACGUUGGAGUGAUGGACAGCAAGGAGGAUGCAGGGUAUGUGCAUGGUGAGAUAAUUGGUAUACCUGUAACAGAGAAAGACAUUUAUGUAGAUGCUUUGGACUACAUUGAAAAGAGUUUCUCCUCUGACAAAGAGCAUGUACGACAGUGUGUGCGGCCACCAAGGUUCAUUGAGGUUAUGGAUCGAGAAAGUACAGAAAAGAAGUAUGUGGUAGAAGUUGACAUUGUGCCUUCCAUAAGUAUCGUUAAGAGCAAGGUGUAUGCAGUUCGUCUGCCAAACUUCAAAGAGGCAACUAACAAAGUAGAAUUUGAGAAAGAAGCGAUUCUACGGAGGGUGGGCUCAAAAACUGAGCCAGUGAACGACAAAGACCUCAGUGAUUUUUACCAGCGAGUCAAAGAUCGGGAUGCUCAAAGAGAAGAAGCAGAGAAAAAUCAGUUCCUCAAUGCUCCAGACUUCUGCAAAGACCUUGGAAGGAAACUCACAAUGCUAAUGACUAGUGGGAAGAAAUUCAUUGAAAAGGAGAAAUGGUUCAUACUUGUCACAAACAAAUUCAUACCUGAUGACCUUUGCAACAUUGACUGGCUGCUUAACAUGAACAUGUUCUGUGUGUUUGACUUUGACCCAGACUCAAAGACAUCGGGUCUUUGCAGUAGAUAUCUUCAGCAUCACGCUGCAAACAUGCAUUCUCUGCAGAGCUACAGGAUAUCUGGUGACAUGAGCAUCAACGAAUUCACAAGCCACCUGCAUCUUUUUGAACAAACUAGCUGGAUCUUUUGUAAUGGCCGUACUGACUUCAAAGGAAAUGAAACUCCAUGUGAUGAAAUGACUUGGAUCAAGACAAAAAUGACUUUCCUGCGGGAAUCUGUGUCUUUGAUCUGUAAACAAAUUUUGCCAAAAGGGACGUUCCAGGUCAUUUUUCUCCUUACAUCAUCAGUUGAGAAGCCACUCUUGCACACUUUUUAUGAGUUUUUCACAGACAUGGAAGGCCAUGAAGACAUCAUCUGCAUCUGUGAAUCACAGGGAAACUUCCAGAAGUGGCAAAGCUUUGCAGAGGGGUCGUGUGGAACAGAAAUUGUGAAUAAUUCCAGUGUUGUUGGGAUGAAAAUGAGCCACAUUAAUGCAACUCUGCAGCAGAUACAACCUGUUAAAGCAUGUGCCAGCAAACACUUGCCUGUCUUUGUGAAAGGGACAUGUCUACUUGAAACACAUCAAGAGGAACAGAUGUAUUCUCUGGAAAUUCUGACAGUCGAUCAUUGUGAUGAAACAAGCAAAGACUUCAUCGAUGAGGAAAAAGCAAACAUUGAACAGCAGUUCUACCGUGGUGGGAGAGUGAACUGGUUGCAUUUCUGGCUUGCUGAGCACAAGUAUGUUGGAGAAGUAAUUGAAAGAGAUGCUUAUCAUGAUGUUUCCAAACUUCUCAAUGAUGCCUUGAAAUGGAAUGCAGAUCAAACUCCGGUGAACAGUAUAAACAUCUACCAUCAUCCAGGAAGUGGUGGAAGCACUGUGGCAAGACAAGUGCUGUGGAACAACAGGAAAGAUCUAAGAUGUGCAGUUGUGAAGCCUUCAUACUCAGCUGCUCUUGUUGCACAACAUACAGUUGAACUAAGAGAAUAUGAAGAAAAAGAUCCACAGAGGUGUCUUCCUGUGCUACUCCUCAUUGAAGACUCUGACAAAGAAUAUCUAGAUGAUCUCAGGAAUGAACUAGAAGUUGCCAUUAACAUCAAAAGAAUCCAGUAUGGAACUCUCUGUUUCAUUUUGUUGAGCUGCAGACGGUCCCAUGAUCCAGAGAGGAGAUGCAAGGAGUCUCCAUUACAGAAUGUGUCUGUCACUCACAAACUGUCUGAUCAAGAGAAGAGAAAGUUUUCUGGAAAACGACAGGCACUUGAAGAACAAUAUGAAGCCUGAAUUCAUUCUGACAUUUGUUUUGAUGAGUGAAGGAUUCAAUGUGGAUUACGUUCAACAGUUUGUGAAACAUUUGCUCCAAGGUAUUGACCGUCAAUCUGUUGUCACUCACCUCAUUCACUAUGUGGCA